UUAUUAUCAUUUUUUUUUGUAUUCGGACUUUUGUUUCCAAGUGGGGUUUGCUCAAACUCUAUAUAAAACAAACAAGAGCUGAAUCUAUCUCCCAAAGAUAACACCACAAAAAUGGCCUCUCAAAAACUCCUUUUGCUUUUUCUGCUCUUUUCAGCAGUCUCGACUAAAGCAGUAUCCCUAAAGAAGAACCAAAUUCACUUGUCUCCCACUUCUAGCCUGGCAAAGCUACAGGCAGAAAAGCUCAUAAGAGGACUAAACUUGUUCCCAAAAGAUGUUGCUAAUACUGGUAUCGAUGUCCUAGCAGUUGGGAGUUCAAAGAUUGUGGAAAAGCAAUUCAGUUUCCCUGUGCUUGGUGCUCCUGGGCCUUCUGUUCAGGAGUUUGGUCACCAUGCUGGGUACUAUAAACUUCCACAUGCUAAUGCUGCUAGGAUGUUUUACUUUUUCUUCGAAUCACGUAACAGCCAAAAUGACCCAGUAGUGAUUUGGUUGACUGGAGGUCCAGGAUGCAGCAGUGAAUUGGCAUUGUUUUAUGAAAAUGGUCCUUUCCAUCUUGCUAAAAACUUGUCACUUUUAUGGAAUGACUAUGGCUGGGACAAGGCAUCAAACAUUCUGUUUGUUGAUCAGCCGACUGGAACUGGUUUCAGUUAUACUUCAGAUGACAACGACAUUCGUCAUGAUGAAAAUGGUGUCAGCAACGAUUUGUAUGACUUCUUGCAGGCAUUUUUCAAGCAGCAUCCUCAGUAUGUUAAUAAUGACUUUUACAUAACCGGAGAAUCGUAUGCUGGGCAUUAUAUUCCUGCUUUUGCCGUUCGAGUUCACCAGGGAAACAAAGCAAAAGAGGGAAUUCAUGUAAACCUGAAGGGUUUUGCCAUUGGUAAUGGGCUAACAGAUCCUGAAAUCCAGUAUCCAGCAUAUCCAGAUUACGCUCUGAACACAAGUUUAAUUACACAAUCCGAUUAUGUCAGUAUCAAGAAGAUGGUUCCAUCAUGUGUGAAGGCAAUCAAAAGCUGCGGUUCUGAUGACGGGGAUGCUUGCGUGGAUUCUUAUGAGAUAUGCAAUAAUGUAUUCAAUCAGAUCAUGAGCAUCGCUGGCAAUGUAAAUUACUAUGACAUUAGAAAGCAAUGCGAAGGAAGUUUGUGCUACGAUUUCUCAGACGUGGAGACAUUCCUGAAUCUGAAAUCAGUUAGGGAUGCACUAGGGGUUGGAGACAUCGACUUUGUGUCAUGCAGCACCAUAGUAUAUGAAGCUAUGAUCGUGGACUGGAUGAGGAAUUUUGAAGUAGGAAUUCCUGCUCUUCUUGAGGAUGGCAUCAAGGUGCUUAUAUAUGCUGGAGAGUACGAUCUUAUAUGCAACUGGCUUGGAAAUUCAAACUGGGUUCACGCUAUGACAUGGUCCGGACAGAAAGAGUUUGGUGCAGCUCCCACCAUUCCAUUUGUAGUUGAUGGUGUAGAAGCGGGAAAACUGAAAAGCCAUGGUCCUCUCACUUUCCUCAAGGUCCAUGAUGCUGGUCACAUGGUUCCAAUGGAUCAACCAAAAGCUUCAUUACAGAUGCUGCAGAACUGGAUGCAGGGGAAGCUAGCCACGUCUGACAAAGCUGAGAAUGUCGCUCCCAAAUAGUGAUCUACUUUUAAUCA